AUGUGCAGCUGUAAUCACAACGCGUACAAGUCCGACGACCCCAACAACAAGCAAGGCAACUGCGAUCAGCCUGGCGGAUUCCAUCUCGGAUGCGGUUAUAACUCGAGCGGAAAGUGCAAAUAA